AUGCCGCCCCGCCCCGUCACCGGACCUCCUCCUCACCCCUCCUUCUUCCUCGCACGUCGCCCGCCCGAAGGCCCCGCCGUCGCCGACCAUCGUCACCGCUCGGAUCGCCUUCCGCCUCAGGUCUCCGACCUCGUCGCCCGCUUCCCCGACCUCCUCCCCGCGCCCCGCUGCCUAAGACCCUACGGCCCCGCCGUGAGCUCCGGCCUCCCUCCCUCUCUCCCCUGGUUCUCUGUCCCCGGCCACCGACGCCCACUGCCGCGCUCGCCUGCGCGUACGCCUACCCUGCGUCUGCCUCCCGCCUCCUGCUCGCGAACCGUGCCGACCUUCACAGGCCACGGCCACCGCCGCCACCCGCCCGGCCGCGGCGCCCCGCCCGCGCGGCCCAGCUCCGGCCGCCGCUGCGUGCACGCCGUACUGCGCUGCUCCCCACCCCGCGCUGCAGCUCCGCGCCAGCUCGUGCUUCCGGCGCCCGCAAACCCGCAAAGCCCGCGCCCCUGGCGCGCCCCCUCCCGCGCCCCGCAUCACUGGCUUCGGCCUCGCCCGCACUGGCCAUCCACCUCGCUCAAAGUCGGCGAUGCCCCGGCCGUCCCCGGCGCCGGCCGUUGUUACCGUCGCAUGCGCGAUGCCGGACCGCACCUGUAG